GCUGCCGGGGCUCGGGGACAGCGGCAUGGAGUCCGUGGCCCUGUACAGCUUCCAGGCCACAGAGAGCGACGAGCUGGCCUUCAACAAGGGGGACACACUCAAGAUUUUGAACAUGGAAGACGACCAGAACUGGUACAAGGCCGAGCUCCGGGGUGCAGAGGGGUUCGUCCCCAAGAACUACAUCCGCGUCAAGCCCCACCCGUGGUACUCGGGCAGGAUUUCCCGGCAGCUGGCAGAAGAAGUUCUGAUGAAGCGGAACCACCCGGGAGCCUUCCUGAUCCGGGAGAGCGAGAGCUCCCCAGGGGAGUUCUCUGUCUCUGUGAACCGCCCCGGGCCUGCUUUGUCCAGGCCCAGUUUGACUUCUCAGCCCAGGACCCCUCCCAGCUCAGCUUCCGCCACGGUGACAUCAUCGAGGUCCUGGAGCGCCUUGACCCCUGCUGGUGGCGAGGCCGUCUCUGCGGGCGUGUCGGCUUCUUCCCGCGGAGCUACGUCCAGCCGGUGCACCUGUGACCCAAGUGGGCCCGGGGGCAGAGCCAGUGGACCGGCCAUCCACCGGGCACUGCGGUCCAGAGAGAGGACACGGGCACCCCCAGCCCAGGGCCUUGGACUGGAACGUGGGCCUCCUGACUGUCCGGCCGGCCUCCUGUGCUUCGUGUCAACUGGGACGGGCCCAGCGCCCCGGAAAGACCGCUUCGUUCAGGGCCCGUGGGCUAGGGGAGCUCCGGGGCCUCCGCCGGCCUCUUCCCAUUGGCCAUCAGCUGUGUGACGUCACAGGGUGGCCGGCAGGGCCCGCCCACUCGAAACCCAAUGUCACCACCCCCAGGGAGGGCUGAGGACUCCUGGGUUCCACCCGCUGGGAGCUCAGGCCAAGGAGCCACGCGCUGGCUGGGUGACCACCCGCUGGGCCUGCCCUCCUCUCCAUCCAAAAGCCCCAAAGGCUGGCUACUGGGGAGGUGGCCAGGGCCCCGCACACCUGUGCCUGGACUUGCUGGACAGACUCGGAGACUUUGGGCUCCACCUGGGAUCCAACGCCCCUGCCCACCACAGACACUUCGGGGGAGGCUGGAGGCCCUGAGGGAGGGCGGGCAAGGGUGAAAGGAACGGAGGCUGCUGCUCUUCCGCUGGCCCCGCGGGACGGACAAGCUCUGAGGGGCCAGGCCUGGACAUGGCCACCUGGGAGACACAGCUGCACCUGCUCGUACUUGUUCAGGCCCAGGUUCCGCCCAGACCAGGGCCUCGGGAAGCCUGGGGGACCACAGGCCAGGUGGGGAGUUGCAGCCAGAGCUGGGCUCUGAGGGCCAGCGGCAUCCAGAACGGGGCAGGCAGCCUCGGUGGAGCCCCAGCUUGAGAAAAGGCAGGGUGUCCACGGGGAAGGGGCCGUCAGCGCGGUCCUAAGCAGGGGAGCCUGGGGCCCUUGGGGCGCAGGCAGACCGAGGGGGCUCGGCAAGGGCUCUGAAUGCCAGGCCGGUGGUGGAGGGGCGGAGAGCAGGGAGAGGGGAGCAGGUGAGAUGGGGCAGGAGCCAAGGGAGGGGUGGAGAGGGGCCCCCUCUGCCCAGCGCCGGCC